AUGAUUGAAGCUUCAUCACCAUUGGCGGCCAUGCAGCCUCCAGCAUUCAUGGGCCAUUGCGGAGGCUUCAGAGCAGAUGCUCCUCCAUCAUAUGCUUCGUUUGCGGCUGCCAAAUCAUUUGGUACGAACAGCUUCAACUUCAGAGACCUGUCAAUGAAGAAGUCACAACCGGAUUAUUUCAGCCUCAAGCCUGUUCGAGGGUCGUCACCCACAGCGAGCCUGGCUGCGGACCUUUCACAAAACUUCCAUAUAGAUCAGAGUCCGCAACUACCUACGCCCCGAAGAUCCCUCUUUCCCAAUGGCUUGUUCGCGCAGGAAGGUCACAGAAACCUGACGACCCCCCCAAUCCCGUCCUCCUCCCCCGGGACGAACGAUUGUAUGGACAUGGACCUGGAUAUAUCUCCUCUGCCACACAAAAUGCCUUUCUGCACAGUGUCAAUACAAUUGCAGUCACCUUCACCAGACCUGACUCCGACCGAUAGGAUGUCAAUACCCUCACCGGCUCCGGCUGAUUCUCCUACCGCCUUUCCGGAGCUGAACCUCCCUCAAGAGAGACGAAAACCAGGAUUUCUACGGCCUUCAUUAGCUAAAGCUAAGGGCUUUAGUACUGGCACCUUGCCGCAACGGCCUGCCCUCGAAAGCCAGCUACCACCCUUCCGAUUUGGCAAUGGCAACUUCUCGAGCAAACCUGCGACCUCAUCUUCGCUUUCUCUCUCGGAAAUCUUCGAAAGCUCUCCUGUCCAGGACAAAACUGCUGCACGACUGUCGGCUCCUGUAUUUGCUCCUCCACGCUCUCGCCCGGCCCUGGCUGCCACUGGCCAAUCGUCUCGCAAUGGAUCCCCCUCAUCCAACCACAUGAGGAAGUCGUCUAACCCUCUGGUGAGACCUCGCAAGCAGUUCCGACGAUCUUUGAGCAUGUUUGAGCAUCCCGAAGAAGUGAUGAGGCAAGAAAAAGACCGUCUAAGCCCGCCUCCUCCAUUAUUACCUUCUAUUAUGGACGUCGAAGCUCCACAUGUCCCUCAAUUGCCCCACUUCAACCUGGAAGGUGAAACGGGCUGCCUUCCUCGGAUAUCGAAAGAGACAAUGGUCUCAGUGCUAGAUGGGGAAUUCGACCACUUGUACGAGAAGCGUGUCGUCAUUGACUGCAGAUUCGAAUACGAGUAUGAUGGCGGCCACAUCGAAGGAGCUGUAAACUUCAACGACAAGGAGAAGCUUGCAGCUCAACUCUUCGAGAUUGAGCCGACCCCGAAGGCGCUGCUCAUCUUCCACUGUGAAUACUCUGCCCACCGCGCCCCUCUUAUGGCCAAGUACAUACGCAACAAAGAUCGCACUGUCAAUGCGGAUUGCUACCCAGCAUUGACAUACCCAGAAGCCUACAUAUUAGACGGCGGGUAUAGCAACUUCUUCAAGGACUAUCGGUUGAGGUGCUAUCCUCAGAAUUACGUCGAGAUGCACGCAAAGGAGCAUGCUCUCGACUGCGAACGAGGUCUCGGAAAGGUGAAACAAAGAGUCAAGCUUGCUCGAGCUCAGACAUUCGCCUUCGGCCAACAUUCACCUCUCGAUUCAAGCCCUACCGCCAUGGGUCGAAGAACCUUGGAUAGCGACAUGGAUCUCGACAUGGGCCUGGAAUAUACCCCUGUUGCUGGGCCGAAAACUGGUCUCGACGCCCUCCGCCGCAACCACCGAAUGCUGUCCUAUUAG